AUGUGGAGCUCCAAGCGGAGUGAGCUACACCUGACUGCCCCGGUGCAGCCUACUGGGCAGGACAACGGGAGAGGUCAGCUUCUUAAUGUCUCUUAUGCUAUUAUUAUCCUUCUUCUAUCAGUGCAACAUCCUACUGUCUGGCACACUGAAGUAAUAAGGACUUGGGAUACCCCUCCAUGUCACCUUAAAUGUGUCUAUCACAGGAGGUUGGUGGCAGCUUAAUUGGGGAGAACGGGCUCGUGUUAAUGACUGGACUGGAGUGGAGUGGUAUCAAAUUCAUCAAACACAUGGUUUCCAGGUGUUCGAUGCCAUUCCAUUUGCUCCACUCUGGCCAUUAUUAUGGGCCGUUUUCCCCUCAGCAGCCUCCUGUGGUGUCUAUGGGGCUGCAAAGACUUUGUUUACCUUUUUGUGUUGCCUUUUUUCUUUAGCCCCAUGUUUCUUUUCACUAAAAUGCCUUUCUCCACUCAGAGCUGUCAGCUGCAUGGAAAAGUCUGAAUCAAACCAAAGCUGCUGUAAGUAAACCAAUAUUUACAAUGUUGUCUGAAGAUUUCACUGUUUCUCUCUUUGAGGAGACUCACCCUUAAUGCAAUGACACAUGGCCUGUGGUAUUUGUAAUGUCUGUCUGGACUCUGAAGUGAGUUUUUGUUCUACAUUGUGUAUCUGAGGCAGGCGCUCUUGUUUUCCCUGCAGUUGCGGCACAUUGAGAAUCGCCUGGAGGCCGCUCCUGGCUCUGGGGUUCUGCUGGAAUCCGUCAUGGAUACAAAGAAAAGCUCUGGGGGCGCCACCAGGAAAGUCAGCCGCAGAGGUGAGGCACCCAAUGUGAUAUCUAAUCCUUGGAAGCUAUGGUUACUAUUUACAGAACAAGGUUCUUCGAACUGGACUUGGCAGCAGCAGCAGGCAUCAUCAUUACUUUGCAGAUGCAAGUGUAAUUCAUUUUGCAUUGCAAGGUUUGCAGGGAUCUAACCCUAUCUCUCCUGACUCAGAUGGGCCGCGCACAGAGGACUGCUCUCAGGCAGGCGGAACCUCCAAGUCCAGCACAAGGAGUCGUCGGAGCCCAGACAAGAGCUCCCGCAGCCCCCUGAGGAACACCACACAGGACAGCAACGUCCGUAGGAACAACUGUGUGGAGUUCAAGGAGCCUCUGGCCUCCUAUAGGUAUGCACUGUUAAAACACUCAGAUUGUUAUGAGAUGUUUUUUUUAAAUCAGAAGUGUAUUUCUACCAUAUUUACUAAUGUAUGCUGCUACUGAGUUGAGGUUGUGCUACAAUACAGUACAAAAGGUUGUGUUUUCAGUCCCUGACUGUAAUCCUAUAAGGCCUGCUGUCAGAGCAUGGUCAUUAAGUGGCUACUUCAAAACAGCCCGUUUAGACUAAUAACCGCCACAUCUACAUGUGUAAGUAUUUGCACAUAAGGCUGCCAUUCAAAGCCAUGUGAACUUGACACCUCCCACUCGAGUAGCCUGUUUUCUGAAGUUUUUCUAAAUAGCAACUAGCCUAUUUGUUUCCUUAAGCAUGCUCUAAUCCUCCUACUCCCCCCCAGGGAAGCGACCCCACCACCCCUGACCUCCUCCCAGCUGGAGGCCCACAGUCUGCAGUCAGAGGUGGCUAACCCCCCUCCCCCAGACUCCCGUCUAAGCCAGCUGGUCUACCAGAGUGACACCCGAGACCAGCAGACCCGCGGAGACCUGGACAGCACACACUGGUCUGCUCUGGACAGUACUGUGGUGCGUUACCUCAACGACCGUCCCGCGCUGGAUGCCCUGCGGCCCCCAGGCCACACUGCUGCAGCCAGAGACCCUAACAGGGAGGAGGGCCCGGAGGAAAGGCCCAAAGCACACACCCUGGAGGGCCCGGCCCCACCCCCAGCAGAGAACUCUGCGUCCUCCAGUCCUGGCUCGACCUCCCAGCGGCUGGAGAACUUAAGGCGAAGGCAGCCGGAUGACAAGCUGGAGAAGCUGAAGGAGAGGAUCCGCAGGCAGAGGGAGCACCUGGAGGAGGCUGCAGAGAGAGACGGGCUGCUGGAGUACCUGGAGCAGCCAGUGGGCAUCACUGGGGCUGUGGAGACCACCACCGUACCCACGGCUAAAGUACGCAAAGUGGCAGCCGCACCUCCGGCACCUAUAUACAAAGGUAAGGCCCACUGGAGAGAUGCAGUUACACUGGAUGUAAAAUAGCAUUACAUAAUUCCUUCAAACCAAAUCUUAUGUAACACAAUCACUUGUCCCAUAUCAGGUUUCAGCAGAAGUGAGACAAAGAUCCGCACUCCUGAUGGGAAAGUGUGGCGAGAGGAGGAGUUCCACAACCUGAGCAGAGAGAUCUACAGAGACCUGUCUCGCCAGCUCUCAGGUGGGCACCAAGUAGUAGAUGUCAGAUCACAGAACACACUAUUAUAUGCUACAUAAUAAUCCCUGUAGUUAACAGGGAGUAUUGAUACAGAGUUGCAGGGAGUGACUCAAUGGACUGUUGAGAUGAACUGCCAACUCAUCAACGCUCAAUAGAAUCAAUGGGCUGUUGAGAUCAAAGGGAAAAGGGCAUCAAAUGGACAGUGUAGUCGUUUGUCCUGUUUCAUAAUAGGCUACAGUGGCUUGCGAAAGUAUUCACCCCCCUUGGCAUUUUUCCUAUUUUGUUGCCUUACAACCUGGAAUUAAAAUGGAUUUUUGGGGGGUUUGUAUCAUUUGAUUUACACAACAUGCCUACCACUUUGAAGAUGCAAAAUAUUUUUUAUUGUGAAACAAACAAGAAAUAAGACAAAAAACUGAACUUGAGCGUGCAUAUCUAUUCACCCCCCCAAUGUCAAUACUUUGUAGAGCCACCUUUUGCAGCAAUUACAGCUGCAAGUCUCUUGGGGUAUGUCUCUAUAAGCUUGGCACAUCUAGCCACUGGGAUUUUUGACCAUUCUUCAAGACAAAACUGCUCCAGCUCCUUCAAGUUGGAUGGGUUCCACUGAUGUACAGCAAUUUUUAAGUCAUACCACAGAUUCUCAAUUGGAUUGAGGUCUGGGCUUUAACUAGGCCAUUCCAAGACAUUUAAAUGUUUCCCCUUAAACCACUUGAGUGUUUCUUUAGCAUUAUGCUUAGGGUCAUUGUCCUACUGGAAGGUGAACCUCUGUCCCAGUCUCAAAUCUCUGGAAGACUGAAACAGGUUUCCCUCAAGAAUUUCCCUGUAUUUAGCGCCAUCCAUCAUUCCUUCAAUUCUGACCAGUUUCCCAGUCUCUGCCGAUGGAAAAACAUCCUCACAGCAUGAUACUGCCACCACCAUGCUUCACUGUGGGGAUGGUGUUCUCGGGGUGAUGAGAGGUGUUGGGUUUGCGCCAGACAUAGCGUUUUCCUUGAUGGCCAAAAAGCUCAAUUUUAGUCUCAGCUUCCAUAUUUUUGGGGAGUCUCCCACAUGCCUUUUGGCGAACACCAAACAUGUUUGCUUAUUCUUUUCUUUAAGCAAUGGCUUUUUUCUGGCCACUGUUCAGUAAAGCCCAGCUCUGUGGCGUGUACGGCUUAAAGUGGUCCUAUGGACAGAUACUCCAAUCUCCGCUGUAGAGCUUUGCAGCUCCUUCAGGGUUAUCUUUGGUCUCUUUUGUUGCCUCUGAUUAAUGCCCUCCUUGCCUGGUCCGUGAGUUUUGGUGGGUGGCCCUCUCUUGGCAGGUUUGUUGUGGUGCCAUAUUCUUUCCAUUUUUUAAUAAUGUAUUUAAUGGUGCUCCGUGGGAUGUUCAAAGUUUCUGUUAUUUUUUUAUAACCCAACCCUGAUCUGUACUUCUCCACAACUUUGUCCCUGACCUGUUUGGAGAGCUCCUUGGUCUUCAUGGUGCCGCUUGCUUGGUGGUGCCCCUUGCUUAGUGGUGUUGCAGACUCUGGGGCCUUUCAGAACAGGUGUAUAUAUACUGAGAUCAUGUGACACUUAGAUUGCACACAGGUGGACUUUAUUUAUCUAAUUAUGUGACUUCUGAAGGUAAUUGUUUGCACCAGAUCUUAUUUAGGGGCUUCACAGCAAAGAGGGUGAAUACAUAUGCACGCACCACUUUUCCGUUAUUUAUUUUUUAGAAUUGUUUGAAACAAGUUAUUUUUUUCAUUUCACUUCACUAAUUUGGACUAUUUUGUGUAUGUCCAUUACAUGAAAUCCAAAUAAAAAUCCAUUUAAAUUACAGGUUGUAAUGCAACAAAAUAGGAAAAACACCAAGGGGGGUGAAUACUUUUGCAAGGCACUGUAUAAAUGUAUCUCACAGUCCGGUUUCAAGGUCCUGUGCAUAAAUGCUGCUCUGCCUUUUCAAACUGCCCUGGAAAUUAGAUGGCAUUAGAUACGCUCCAGUACUUUCAGGAUUACUGAGACCUAUUUGACCGAUCCCAGUCAACUGUUUCCUUUAAGAAAUAAUGCAACAGUCCUUUUUGAGACAAGGAUAGUGUUGAGAAAAAUACGCCACCAAAGAAAUCUGAGUGUUCUCUUUUAAAUGUAGGAAUACUUGAUGACUGAUGUGAGGUUUUAGCUGCAGCAGACUUUCCAUGCAUUUUGCCACAAUUGCAGCAUGGCUCAUUUCCCAAAGUUUUGUAUGACUGUUUGAAGAAUUUUCUCUCUCUCAAAGUUUCUAUUUUCUUUGUCCUCCCUGGCUCUCUGCUGAUUCCUGGGCUUCUGCCCAAGUUUUGGAGCUAAAGCUCUCAGCUUCCUCCUUUACACUGACACAGUCCACCAGCUUCUUAUUCAAUGGCUUUGUUUUCCAUUCAGAGGUUUUUUGUUUUGCUGCUUUUUGUAAUUUGAUAGUUCUGUUCAUUUCCCCUCUUUGGUGCUCACACUGUCAUGUCAUCUCCUUUCUCCCAAUUUUAGAUGGCACCAAGCCCCAGCUGCGGCCCACAGAGAAGGCUAAGGAGAGGAAGCCGUCCAAGCCUGUGAGAAAAGUCCAUAAAUCGGCUUCUGUUCCCGACCCGAAGACCAAGCCAGGUUGGAUCUUUUUUCUUCUUUCUCGCUCACUCUUUCUCUCCUCUUUCUUUCUCUCUCCUUUCUCUCUCUCCCCCCUCCCCCAGUAGUGCUUACUCAUCCUGGGUCUAUGCAUUCAAUAGAAGAUGUGAAAGUUCCUCCAAUAUUGUGUGUAGGUUAGGUGAUAAUACAUUGUGAAGCCAAGGGGUCUUUCACAAACAGGGGAAUCCCCCUCAGUAGGAGACUACAAAUCACAUUUAUUUUGGUGAAUCAGUUACUGUGCAGUAUGCACACUGAACCUGAGCAGGCGGAUCACAGUGAAUACAUUUGACAGGCCCAUACCACAGAAGGCCUCUCUUAACUGUGUGCUAGUCAACAGGCCUCUGUUCGUGUGUGAGUGCCAACAUUAAGUCUCUUAUCUUCAAAGAAAUGUCCAGAAUGUAUCGCAUGCUGAUUGCAAGCAAGCAGCGGCUUAGAGGCACACUAUCUGGAAUGCAGAUGCGUCCCAGUUCAGCUGGGCUCGCCAUACCAGCUCUGACAGCUGAGAACAGCCACCCUGUACUGGGCUCACACCACCCUCUCUGUCUCCCUCUCCCUCUCUCUGUCUUUCUCUCUAUCUCUCUGUUUUUCUCUCUCUGUCUCUCUCUGUCUUUGUCUCUUUUUCUCUGUCUCUCUCUCUGUCUAUCUCUCUCUGUCUAUCUAUCUCUCUCUCUCUGUCUAUCUCUGUCUCUGUGUGUUCUUCCCAGUGCAGUGGAAAGUGAGAUGAGUGUGGUAUAACCUAGUCUUAUCCUGUCAUCCAGCUAUCCUCCCCUUCUACCCUGCUGCUGGCCUCUGCUCCCAGUCCGCUCACUAAAAAUAGCCCUCAGAAAUCUGUGAUCAAGUUCAGAUCCUUUACCAAACAGAAACAGCUGCCGGUCUUUAUAUUUUCUAACUUGAUUUCAGAUGGUGCAUAAUUGAGCCAAACUCAUAAAAUAUGCAUGAUGCAGCUCUAAAAGAAUUGAGCUCUAAAGAGAUUCAUAGUAGAGAGAGAAGUCAUGUAUUUGUGUCUCUUUUGGGGACAUGAAGAUCCUUGCACUUCAAUAAUACAAUAUUAGGGUUUUAUGUGAUUGAUUUAAGUUGUAAAUCUUGGCUGUCUGAGAAACAAUCCUGCCAUAAGUAAUUACUGCAGAACUCUACACCGAUUAUGACCUUCCGUGUGUUUUCUUGGUGUGUUCCCUGUUGCUGCAGUGAUCAGCACCACGUCAUGGCGGGAGGGCCAGAAGCUGGUGAAGAUGGUACUGGGUCCCGCUCCACGUCUGCCUCGAGAGCAAAGGCCAGAGCCCACAGACAGACUGGCCAGGACAGGUGGGAUUUGAGACCUGCAUACUACCCUCACCCCUCUCUGCUCUACUUGGCCUUUCCUCUACCCUCUCCCCUCCCCUCCCAUCUCCUCCACCCCCCUCCUCGUUCCACCUCUCCUACACCCCUCCCCCCCCAUCUCUCUCAUCCCCCUCCACUACACCUACAGUCAAAGUAAGCACUAUGAAAAACCAGACAGAAGUUGGUGGUCUGGUAAAACAAAAAAAAUGUGUGACAAAGCAAUCGUGUUAGUAGUGGAUAUUGUUACAGGAUAUGUGGUGUUCAUGUUUCUUAUUGUUGAUUGCAUGUUAAAAGGCUUACAGUGCACCGUGACAGACAGUCGGCAUGGCUAAAGGAAUAUAAAUAAAUAAAGAGGUUGUCGUCUCUUCCAGCACACAAGCAGUCUCCCUACAAACUUUGGCUGUCAGUGACCGGAAUGAAUUAAGAUUGACUAGCUGUUUCUGACUGCCUGCACAAUUCAACACGGUCUGGUUUCCAGUGGUUGUCCCUGUGCUAGACUCAAAUACACAGGGGGGGAUUGGAGUGAGGCAUAAAGGGUUGUACUGCCACUAUUCUAAGACAAUAACAGAUAAGCCACAUCUGAGUUCACAUAAAAUAUCAUACAGCUAUUAGAUCUAGCCAAGGCUACUUCUUAUCCAUGUUCAUCAACAUGAACUAGUCACUAGCUGCUACUACUAGAAUUGGGAUAAUUUGCUAAAAUCUUUUGACCUGAGGACUACAACAAAAACAGUUACUAAAUGGAAUGGGUGUCCUGGUCUGAUUUUAAAAUCAGAGUUUAAUCUAGAGGCAUUCAGCCAAUGCUAGCUAACCUUAGCAUAACAAACUUGCUACUUCUGUGCAAAUUAAGUGUUUGCUGUUAGUUAAAGAAACACCUGUGAAAGUGUUUAUGGUUGAACUUUCUGGAAGUUUUCCUUAUAAAAAUGAUUGCUCAAAACUUUGUGAAAAAAUGGAGAUGUGAUUAAAUGUGUAAAAAAAACAACGCCGUUAAAAAUGUCAACUUUGACAGCCCUAAUAGCGACCAAUAUUUUCCCCCUUAUCAUGCACUCAAACACGUUCCUUUCCAUUAACAAUAACAUUAGUCACCAAUCAGUACCCUUUGUGGUCUUUACAAAUCUUUUCCAGGACCCCUUCCUCUGUCAAAUUCAGACCACCGUCCGGAGCUGAACCGUCGGUCCAGACCCAGCAGCCGGGACAGGACCACCCAGCCCACCCCCAACCCUCAGUCUGCAGGCCCAGCCGAUGACAGGGCCACCAACACAGACAACCUCUCUGCAGAUAUCCGGGGCAUCCUGGACGACCUGCAGCUGAAGCGCAAAGCAGAGGAGCGAGGUCCAGCGGAGCCCAGGAGGGGUUCAGAGUCCAGGGCCAGAACCACAGCAUGGACGACUGGUGGCUCUUCCUUAUGGGGCUCCCGCAGUGCCAGCCCCGCCAAGCGCAACAAGCAAGAGCCCUCAGAACCAGGGCCCAGGAAGAGGCACUACGACGCUGACUCAGUGCGCCAGUACAUCGCCCGGCAACAGGAGGAGCGCAAGAGACGUCAGGUGGAGGAGCGGAGGGCCCAGAGGGAGGAGGCGGAGAGGAAAAGCCAACGUCUGCAGGAGCUGUACAGGAAGCAGAGAGAGGGGGUAGCCAAUAAGGGCCCUGCAGUACCGGAGAACCCAGUACAAAAACGCCUGCAGGAGACAUACACCAAACUACUACUGGAACAGGCUGGUCUUGGAGAGGAACCUCUGCCUCCCCAGACACAGCCAGCCUCUACCACAGUCAUUUACCAGGUAAAGGCAUCUUUAGUUGUAAUGGGGAUAAAGCCUUCACUGUCCCCUUACUCGCAUUGCAAGCUUUAGUGAAAAUGGGGAUGGUAUGGCCGGUGUGUCAAAAUCAAUUCAUAGCUGCCCUUGUUAUGUGAAGGGACCAAUAUGUGAAAUAGUGACAUGUAGAAUUACCCUCAGUUUAACUCUGGACAUACAAUGCUAUUGCUCAUAUUUCAUGUAGUCUAUUUGCCUGUAGGAAAUGAUACCUCUCAUGUGGUGAGUGAAACUAGCUAUGAGUUAUUUGUGGUGUGUGUAGCAGAAGUCCCUGUACCAGCCAUCCGGGGAGUCGGACAAGGAGAACAAGAGACAGGAAAGACCCCAGAGUGCCUCCUCCAGCAGUGACCUGUCUCUGUCUGAGCCCCCGCCCCCUCCACUCUCCAGGUUAACCCACACACAUCUCACUAAAAACACAAACGGACAUUACAGAUUAUAUGUAACCUUUUCCACUAGCACUGGCUAGUGUAGAGGCCCGAAACAAAGCACAGAACCAUAUUACUUCCUCAUUGUGAAGCAACAGAGCCAAUAAGGAAUUGUUUGUUUCUAAACUUUCUGUUUCUAUGGGCACACCUAGCAGCAUUUCAGAACAUGGUGGCGUAUGCUCGGUUAACCUUAAAACAGGGAAUUUCCAGUGCUAUUUUAGAUUCAACAGUUACAUCAGAUGACUGUGUAAAUGUAUGUCUGGUCCUUGCGUGGGGUAAACAUUACGGUAUGUAACUGUAAUUUGCAUACUGUUCAUAAGUUCUUGAGUUGCUAUGCAGUUCUUGGAAUUUUGUUGACUUGAUCCUCGGCCCUGAAAUGUUUUUGCUUGUAUGAUGAAAACACAGGUUGUUCUCAGAAGCUCAUGGUUAGACUGUACAAGCCACAUAUGUUAAUGGCUGCAUGCAUAUUUAGUUGUCUUAAAUCCUUGUAAACCUUUGACAUAGCCUAUGGACAAUGUUGCUGAGUACUAAAAUGCUUUGAGUCCACAUACUAAAGGACUUUGUGAACCCAUAAAACAAUAUUUCCAUUGUUUCCGAGCGCUUUGUUUGAAUACACUUGUAUUAUAUUUGAAUACUAAUCCUCCGCUCCCUUCUUCCUGUAGGAAUGAGCUGGGCUUGGGACUUCCAUCGUGGCUGCAGCCAGACCGUCUGAGUCCUGCAGUCAGACCCUCCACCGCUCUGGCUCCACACACAGACCAGCUCUUCUCCCCACUCUUAGACCUGGGAACAGCAGGGAGCUCUGGUGGGAGGGGAACCAAUCCCCCAGCCAGGCCCCAGCACUCCACUCUCAAUGGAGCAGGCAACAACACCAAGAUGAACCGCAUUGAGGCCCUGAAAGCCACCGCUGCGUCCCUGUCCACUCGCGUAGAGAGUGAAGCGAGGAAACUGGCCGGCGCAGGAAUCAACUAUAGCUGUGCAAGGGACAUGGACGUGACUGGUCUGACCCCUCCGGACGACGGUCGCUGGGCCAAGCCUGUGAGCCCACCGGUCAGAGAGAGAGCUGAUGCUGCUGACGAGCUGUCCAUGAGGAUCCAGAGGCUGCUGAGUGCUGGCCAGAGCACAUACAACGGAGCUCUCCCAGGGGUGGGCAACCUGCACAGCUUCAGAGAGCAGAGAGACAGGACCACUGCUCCAGGCAGCAGGCCCCAGACAGCCCCGGGCCUCAGCUCCCAUAAGCAGCCAGAUGAGGAGAAGGGAGGGAAGGCCAUCACCCAUGACUCCAGCGGUGAGUCCAUCAGCGAGGGCCCACUGCUGAGCGAGGGCAGCCUGUCGGAGGGAGACGGGAGCCCCCGCACCAACAUAAAGGGGGUCCCACAACCGGCAGAGCGUCUCGGGGCUCUGGACUUCUGUGCAGGCCAGCGGGAGGGCUUCCAGCCCAUCUCCCACUUCCAGAGAGAGGCAGAGAAGUACCCGGGCUUCAGCCCCCUCUCUCAGCAACGGAACAGCAGCCGUGGUCCAUGGGAGGAACUGGCCAAGGGAAGCCCUCAUAGUGUCAUCAACAUCUUCACCAAGAACCACCUGCUCAACCACGCAAAAGGUUAGCCAACACAUUUACACACCCAACCGUAUCCUUAGAGUUUUGAAUGAGGAACGAACGUUUAACCAAUAAUCUGUUCCUCUGGCUUCUCCCUGCAGUUGGAGGAGAGGAGCGAGCAGACCGGAGUUCACCUGCUGUGCGUUGUGGCCUGUCUGCAGCCAGCUCGGUGGAUGGGGCACCAAUGUAUGAGGAGGACUUUGUGUCGUCCUGCAGCAGCGGCGGCAGCAGCCAAUCUAAGAAAGGAUACAACGGACGCAGGUAAGGAGGGUUUCUACCAUUGUCACAUGACAGGGUGCUGCUAUCUGAAUGCUGCUCUCAUGCAAUACAAACAUCAUUUGAAAAAGCUGUAAAAAUGACAGGAUUAACCACAAGAUGGCAUUAAUGUCACAUGGCUGACAAAGAAGCCUGGCAAGGAGUUUUGAAGUUGUCUUCGUAGUCUUUUUGUGGUUGCACAUGAUGUGGGACUUGAACCAUCUUUUAUCUCGACGUCUCAUUGCAGCAUCACCAGUGGGAACAGUCACUAUGAUGAGUUGAUGAGUCGCAGGUCCCCCUAUGACACCAGGACUGUAGACCUGCCAUCCCAUCACUCCUCAAGCUCCACUCCAGUAUCUUCACCUCACUCAAAGGGCUCUGUGAAAAGGGGUGAGACUUUCACCACAAAAUAAAAUCAUCACUUCCCCUGAAAUUAUGCCAUCUAUUGACAAUUUCUUACCAGUGCAAGUGUCUCGCUCUGCUCUAAAGAGUUUCUCCCCUCUCUUUAGGCGCUGCUUCAGACAAGAGUGAUGCCACUCUGGUGGAGGAGCAGAGGAGCCCCUGCUCUCCGGGCUUGGAGGCCCUGACUAGAGACUCCAGAUGGGGAGGCUCAGCCUCCGAGAGAAGCUCCAUCCACAACCUGGUGAAGAGCUCCUACUCUGAUAGUACACUAGGGGGCGCCUCGGGCCACUCACUCCGCAGGUAAGGGGCCUCAGCCAAGCCCAGACCCCUUCUGAGGGGCUCAGGGGGAUUCCCAAGAGCUUGAAUAUCCUCCUUGACCUUCAGUUAUUACUGGUAUUUCCUUCCUUCCUGAGCUUCCUGGUUUUCUUACAAUCUCUGAGCACAUUUGAGUGGGGAUAUUAUUUUUGCUGGCAUAUAUGGCAGGGUUUUUUCUGGAUAAAAUAUGGGCUUAGGUGAUGGGCGUGGCAAUGGGUACGGUUUGCCGUCUGCACAGCUUGAGUUUAGAGACAUCUUCAGACACUUUUAGAGGCCCCCCAUCUUGAUGAUGUAGAGACAUUUUUAUAAUUAAGCCAAUUUUCUGCAAUUCUACAAAUUGCCCCCUUGGAGCUAAGAGAAAUUGUUUCAGUUUUAAAGCUAAUUUCCUACAAUUCUACAAAAUUUUCCAUGUAGCUGAGAGAAAAUGUAGCAGUUUUAAAGCAAAUUUUCUCAAAUUCUAUGCAUUUUGCCAUGGCUAAUGCUGUUAUUUUGCUCAAACAUAAUAACAUCAAUACUGCUAAAUUCAUUGUUUUUGGAAUUUUCAAUUCUCCCUGACCGUCUAGCUUUUAUUUUGUUGAUUGUUAGUUCUCAAUGAUUAUAUUAUUUAAAAUAUAUAUAUUGGUCCAUUAUCUUUUCUACAUACUUUAUAUCUGGUUUUAGUCAUUUAAGUUUAACUUGAAAGCGUAUUUCCAUCCUGAUUUCUGCCCCCACCCAAGGAUUUAAAUGGCAGAAAAAUCCCUGUAUGGGCACAUAAUGCUCCUUUCAAAUAUUAAUUUCUGGUCUAUUGGUUUCACUGUGCAGUCUCACUUCAGGCAUGCUACGCAAUUUCCUUGUUACAAAAUGGGAGAGUAAUGAUUAAGUGGACCCUGGCUUCCAAAGACCACCACUGCACCCAUAAUAUUUACACAGUUAAAGUGACUGGAGAGAAUAUUGGAGUGAACUUGCACAUCAGCCACAGUGUUCUCUCUACAAAGUAUCUCUCCGCCAACAUAAAGAUGAAUCUUAAAACCUCUGUCAGGCCUCCGGCGAAUUAAUGGGUAUUUUCAGUUCAGUACCAAAUGGGGCACCCCUGUUGUUCCACUCACUCAAUGGCCUUCGCUAACUCAACACUUUAGAACGCUUAUUUUGCUGAGGCUAUAUAUUUGGGCAUUGAGGCUUAACAUUAAUCAUUAAAAUGCAGCAGCCUGCCUCAUGCCGUCGAGAGGAGAGGAGGGGUGGGGUGGGGGGGCUAGCAUAACACUGACUCUUUUGAUUGGGCAGCAAGAUUGUCAAAUCUCCCCACUGCAGGCAGAGUUUUCUCCUGUGACAAUUGAGCCUCCUCAAUGGCAUUUUUUAAAGCCCAGGUGGCAGAUUCCCUCCAUACCAUUCUGUCUGCGUGAUUUGAUAAUGAUGACAGUCAGGAUCCAGUCCUUAAUGCUGCAGUUGUUCUCUAGUAAGGUAAAGCACUGGGUGUUUGCUUGGGUGCACUAGCAGUUAGGGCAGGAGAGAGGCACCAGUGUCUACUGCAGUGUUUACUACGGUGUCGACUGCAGUGUUUACUACGGUGUCGACUGCAGUGUCUACUACGGUGUUUACUACGGUGUCGACUGCAGUGUCUACUACGGUGUUUACUACGGUGUCGACUGCAGUGUUUACUACGGUGUCGACUGCAGUGUUUACUACGGUGUCGACUGCAGUGUUUACUGCAGUGUCUACUGCAGUGUUUACUACGGUGUCACUGCAGUGUCUACUACGGUGUUUACUACGGUGUCGACUGCAGUGUCUACUACGGUGUUUACUACGGUGUCGACUGCAGUGUUUACUACGGUGUCGACUGCAGUGUCUACUGCAGUGUUUACUACGGUGUCGACUGCAGUGUUUACUACGGUGUCGACUGCAGUGUUUACUACGGUGUCGACUGCAGUGUCUACUACGGUGUCGACUGCGGUGUCGACUGCAGUGUCUACUACGGUGUUUACUACGGUGUCGACUGCAGUGUCUACUGCAGUGUUUACUACGGUGUCGACUGCAGUGUCUACUGCAGUGUCUACUACGGUGUUUACUACGGUGUCGACUGCAGUGUCUACUACGGUGUUUACUACGGUGUCGACUGCAGUGUCUCCUACGGUGUUUACUACGGUGUCGACUGCAGUGUCUACUAUGGUGUUUACUACGGUGUCGACUGCAGUGUCUACUGCAGUGUUUACUACGGUGUCGACUGCAGUGUCUACUGCAGUGUUUACUACGGUGUCGACUGCAGUGUUUACUACGGUGUCGACUGCAGUGUUUACUACGGUGUCGACUGCAGUGUCUACUGCAGUGUUUACUACGGUGUCGACUGCAGUGUUUACUACGGUGUCGACUGCAGUGUCUACUACGGUGUUUACUACGGUGUCGACUGCAGUGUCUACUACGGUGUUUACUACGGUGUCGACUGCAGUGUCUACUGCAGUGUUUACUACGGUGUCGACUGCAGUGUCUACUGCAGUGUUUACUACGGUGUCUACUGCAGUGUUUACUACGGUGUCGACUGCAGUGUCGACUGCAGUGUUUACUACGGUGUCGACUGCAGUGUCUACUGCAGUGUUUACUACGGUGUCGACUGCAGUGUCUACUGCAGUGUUUACUACGGUGUCGACUGCUGUGUUUACUACGGUGUCGACUGCAGUGUUUACUACGGUGUCGACUGCAGUGUUUACUACGGUGUCGACUGCGGUGUCGACUGCAGUGUACUGUUUCCAGCUAGGAAGCCGAAGCAUACAUCAUCAUGGAUUAGACAUUGUUGCCUGUUCGACUGGCUCAAACCGUUCUUUCAGCUUAACAUAUUUAGGAUGGCUUUCCUGGGGCCCCCUGUCCUUGAUUCUGUUAGUCCCUGGUUCCCAUUUCACCUUGUUACAGUGCUCUGUAUAGCAGUAUAGCACACAUACCUGAAGUCAAACGGAGUGGGAAAAGUUACAUGUCUGAAUGUUUGAAGUAAAACUUUUUUUUUCUCUCACUUUUUCAAACAAUAAUCCAGCCUUAUUUAAAUUGUUAGAAAUGGGACAUAACAUUUAUUUUCAGAAAGCGUACAUAUUAAUUACAUAAAAUGUUGUAUUGCUUCCAGUUUGGGCUUGGACAAUAAGAAAUCCCCCAGAAGCCCUGGCCUGUCUCCACCUGGCUCUCCUACAGGCUCUGGUUCUCCUCGUGUGUCUCCAAGCAGCGCCUCCCUAGCCGGGGUAGACAGCCUGGGCCUGGGGUCCGGCUCCCCUCACUCCUCCUCAUCCCUGUCGUCUGCAGCCAGGGGCAAAUCCACAUCUCCAGCCAAUGGCAGAGCAGAGCCCAAGGCUGCAGGUAUACCACCUAGAAACACCUGCUCAGCAGUUUAAAUACAUACGGUAUUGCCUAUCUACAGUGCCUUCAGAAAGUAUUCAUAUCCAUUGACUUAUUCCACAUUGUGUUGUGUUAUAGCCUGAAUUCAAAUUGAAUUAAAAAAAUUACAAAUCUCACCCAUCUACACACAAUACCCCAUAAUGACAAAGUAAAAACAUGUAUUUAGAUUUCAAAUGUGUUGAAAAUAAUAUCUCAUUUGCAUGUCUAUUCACACCCCUGAGUCAGUACAUGUUAGAAUCACCUUUGGCAGCGAUUACAGCUAAGAGUCUAUCUGGGUAUGUCUCUAAGAACUUUGCACACCUGGAUUGUACAAUAUUUCUACAUUAUUUUGUUUUAAUCCUUCAAGGUUGUUGAUCAUUGCUAGAUAGCCAUUUUCAAGUCUUACCAUAGAUUUUCAAGCAGAUUUAAGUCAAAACUGUAACUUGGGGACUCUGGAACAUUCACUGUCUUCUUGGUAAGCAACCCCAGUGUAUAUUUGGCCUUGUGUUUUUUUUGUUAUUGUCCUGCUGUUGGAAAGCAUACUGAACCAGUUUUUCCUCUACAAUUUUUGCCUGUGCUUUGCUCUAUUCAAUUUUUUAUCCUAAAAAAAAACUCCCUAGUCCUUGCAUAAUGCAGCCACCACCAUGCUUGAAAAUAUGAAGAGUGGUAGUGAUGUCAUGUGUUGUUUGCCCCAAAUAUAACACUUUGCAUUUUGGACAUAUAAUUCAUUUCUUUGCCACAUUUUUGCAGUUUUACUUUAGUGCCUUAUUGCAAACAGGAUGCAUGUUUUCGAAUAUUUUUAUUCUGUACAGGCUUCCUUCUUUUCACUCUGUCAAUUAGGUUAGUGUUGUGGAGUAACUACAAUGUUGUUGAUCCAUCCUCAGUUUUCUCCUAUCACAGCCAUUAAACUCUGUAAACAUGGUGAAAUCCUUGAGCGGUUUCAUUUUCUACAUUUUAGUCAUUUAGCAGACGCUCUUAUCCAGAGCGACUUACAGGAGCAAUUAGUGUUAAGUGCCUUGCUCAAGGGCACAUUCUUCACCUCGUUAGCUCUGGGAUUUGAACCAACGACCUUUAGGUUACUGGCACAACGCUCUUAACUGCUAGGCUACCUGACGGUUUCCUUCCUCUCCGGCAACUGAGUUAGGAAGGACGCCUGUAGCUUUGUAGCGACUGGGUGUAUUGAUACACCAUCCAAAGUGUAAUUAAUAACUUCACUAUGCUCAAAGGGAUAUUCAAUGUCUGCUUUUUUUAUUUUUACCCAUCUGCUAAUAGGUGCCCUUUGUGAGGCAUUGGAAAACCAGAUGCCCAAAACCUCCCUGGUCUUUGUGGUUUAAUCUGUGUUUGAAAUUCACUGCUCGACUGAGGGACCUUACAGAUCAUUGUAUGUGUGGGUUACAGAGAUAAGGUAGUCAUCAUAAAAUAAUGUUAAACACUAUUAUUGCACACAAAGUGAGUCCAGGAUACUUAUUAUGUGACUUGUUAAGCACAUUUUUACUACUGAACCUAUUUAGGCUUGCCAUAACAAAGGGGUUGUAUACUUGACUCUGGCCUUGGUUUUUGUUCGUUUCCUCACUGAGUCUCCUGUUGUGUUGACAUGCAAAUAUUGAAAAUAUUACAUAUACAAAUGAUUACAGACUGCUUUAGGUUGGGUUAAGUCCGCUUUUCAGUUGAUACAAGUUGCUCUGUCUCCCAGAUGCCCAAAACCUCCCUGGUCUUUGUGGUUUAAUCUGUGUUUGAAAUUCACUGCUCGACUGAGGGACCUUACAGAUCAUUGUAUGUGUGGGUUACAGAGAUAAGGUAGUCAUCAUAAAAUAAUGUUAAACACUAUUAUUGCACACAAAGUGAGUCCAGGAUACUUAUUAUGUGAUUUGUUAAGCACAUUUUUACUCCUGAACCUAUUUAGGCUUGCCAUAACAAAGGGGUUGUAUACUUGACUCAAGACAUUUCAAGCUUUUCAUUUUUAAUUAAUUUGUAAACGUUUCUAAAAAUAUAAUUCCACUUUGACAUUAUGGGGUAUUGUGUGUAGGCCAGUGACACAACAUAUCAAUUUAAUCCAUUUUAAAUUCAGGCUGUAACACAACAAAAUGUGGAAAAGGUCUAGGGGUGUGAAUACUUUCUGAAGGCACAGUAGUACCCAUGUCUUAACUCUCCCUCUCUUUGUUUCUAUCUGUCUCUCUGUUGUCCAGGUGAGCUCCACUACACCCCAGGGGUGUUGCAGCAGCGUAUGUCUGCAGAACUCCAUUACCUGGAGUCUAUAGAGGAGUCAGUGCGUCAGCUGGGCGAUGUGGAGAGGCUGAGGGGUGUGUCUCUGGCUCAGCAUGAAAGCGUCUCGCUCGCCCAAAUACUCAAGGUGAGAGAGGCCAGCCCACCAAUCAGAGCACCUGAAGAUUGCUGACAUAUGUUUAGAUGCUUAGUAUAGUCACUGCUGCGCUCUUGAAACAUUACCUUCGGCACUUUUGGCAUGUUUGUUAUGUUCUGGUAGUUUUCAUUCACCUUUUUCCAUAGGUCCUGACCUUUGACCUCUAACCUUUCAGGCGCAGCAGCAGCGGCACGAGCGUGACCUUUAUGAGCUGAAGGUGAAGGCAGAGCAGGAGGCGCUGGAGACCCAACAUCAGCUGGAGGAGACACGUCAGAAAGCAGCCAGGGUACUGUACACACAGCACUGGCAUUUAGCAUGGGCAACUCAGCAGAAUACACAAACUAAUCACCUAGAGUUAGAACCGUGCACCAACUUGGUAGAUUGUUGAUACUCUCGAGGAUGGCUUCAUAUUUGCGAACACCUUGAAUAUUUAUAGAAUGCAAUCUAACUUCACUGCAUUUGUUGUGAGAUGGGAGCUAUUUUUAUUAGGUGUGUGUAGACUGUGUAGUGUGGUUCACUAACAGAACUGUGUGUGUGUCGUUGCAGGCUCACGUGGAGCUGCAGGAGAACAUGGCUCAGACCCAGCAGCAGUCUCUGGGAGGCAUGCAGGAGGCCACCACUAAGAUGAUCAGCCAACAGGCUGAGUCUGUACGCUAUACGGCCGAAGCUGCCCGCCAGAUCAAAGAGGUCAGAACACUCCCUCUCCACUCUUUUCUCUACAGCCAGCCACUGGCCUUGGUUUUUGUUCGUUUCCUCACUGAGUCUCCUGUUGUGUUGACAUGCAAAUAUUGAAAAUAUUACAUAUACAAAUGAUUACAGACUGCUUUAGGUUGGGUUAAGUCCGCUUUUCAGUUGAUACAAGUUGCUCUGUCUCCCAGAUGACCGAUCUGGCCCGUUCUCAGAUCGCUGGAGCCAUAGGUGUCCCUGCUGCUGCUCCCAUCACCACCCUGUUUGACCAGCAGAGGCAGCAUCGCCAGAGCUUUAUGAAGCAGCUCCAGCCCCGCACUGACACAGACAGCUCCAGAAGUGAGGUGUCUGCUGCCUGGACCAGGACUGAGGAGCCCCUCUCCUCCCUGGAUAGCCGCUCUGACUCCAUCCCCUCCAGGAGACCCACCCUCAGGUACUGGGUCUUUCACACACUGGAGCACCUCACAGACAGACACCAGGGAUCUCUCCUUGUCAGCUCACUUGGCUUGGUCAGGAAAAACUUGGUCCCAUUUAUAGGCAUUACCAUGACUAAAUACUCAAUCGUUCUUCUAUCUCCCCCCUCCCCUGUACCCUCUGCCUUGCCCCCCCGUCCCCGUCCCCAGUGGUGGAGAGAGUAGCAGCCACCUGAGUCCCUCCCUGGCCUCAUCUGAGAAGAGGGAGAGGAGGAAGGUGGAGAUGGGUAACAGCUCAGUGGAGGAUGAGGCCCAUACAGUAGCUGAUGACUCCAUCCCCAGUGACAGUGUUCAGUCCCUACUGGAUGAGAAAGGUAAGGCCUGGGUCAUAGCACCCAUUGUGGGAUCUGGAGAGGGACCAUUAUCAAGCAGGCAGUGUAUAACAAUCCUUUAUGAUACAUCCACUCCCAUCCAUAUGUAUUUGGACAGUGAAGCUAAGUGGUUUAUUUUGGCUCUAUACUCCAGCAUUUGAGAUAUUCCUCGCAUGCAAUGACCACAUCAAGCUUGUGACUUUACAAACUUGGAUGCAUUUGCGGUUUGUUUUGGAAUAUGUUUUGCCCAAUAAGAACUGAAUGUUGACUAAUGUAUUGUUCCUUUUUGGAGUCACUUUUAUUAUAAAUAAGAAUAUAAUAUGUUUCUAAACACUUCUACAUUAAUGUGGAUGCUACCAUGAUUACGGAUAAUCAUCAAUGAAACGUGAAUAAUGAGUGAGAAGGUUAGAGGCACAAAGAUCAUACCCCCCAAAGAUGCUAACUUCCCCUGUUCUUGGUAAUGGUGAGAGGUUAGCAUGUUUUGUUGUAGCUUCUGAACGGUAUCUCACUCAUAGUUGUUCAUAAUUCAUUCAUGAUUUUGUUUAUCAUGGCAUUAGCAGGAUUCAUUUAGAAGUGUUCAGAAACAUCUUAUCUGCUCACUUAAUAAUACAAUAAUACAAUUACUCCAAAUACUCACCAUUCAGUUACUAUUGGGCAAGACAUAACCCAAAACACAUCCAAAAACAACUGCAAAUGCAUUCAACCAGUUUGUAGAGUCACAAGCUUGAUGUAGUCGUUGUGAAUAUGGGACCAAAUACUAAACUUUCGACUAAUUUGAUACACUAAGUGAAUUUGUCCAAAUACUUAUAACUUCUUCACACGGGGGUGGACUAAAUACAUACGUGUGUAAAACAGAUCAAAGGUGACAUUCUGUACUGUAGCCUCAUAUAAAACAUUACAUCUCAAAUCCAAAAUGCUGAAGUAUAAAGCCAAAUGUAACAUAGCUUCACUGUCCAAAUACGUAUGGAGGGGAGGGUAAAUAGCCUGGAGUCUCUGAGAAAGUGAACUGUGUUUCCCCUCUCUAAUCUGUCCCCAUACAGACAGCACCUCAUUUGCUACAGAGUACUCUCUGAAGUUUGACGAGUCCAUGACGGAAGAUGAGAUUGAGGAGCGCUCGUUCCGCUCUCUGCUGCCCUCGGAGUCUCACCGGCGGGGAGCGGUGGAGAAGAAGAGAGGUCCCCACGAGGAGUCGGACGACGAACCCAGUCAGGAGAAGACCACAGUACAGGACAGCUCCAAGGUUAGUAUGCCACCUCAUCGCAAUAGCUGUUAUUCUGGCAAAAUAGCAAGACUACUCAAAUAAAUAAGGAUUGUCCUCCACAGUACUGAAAUCCUAGCACUUAUCCAAAAGCUUAAGUGUACUAGUUUACUUGGAGAGAUUUCUGCCUAUCCUUGAAGUAACUAGCGCAUAAUGCUUAUCCAGCAUUUACCCCUAUUUGACCUCAUUAAUGGUGAAAUUAUAGCUUCUCUCUAAUAUAUUGGCAGCAGCAUCUGUCUUAGCUCUUAAUGUCAAGGCACAUUGGUAGCUCCCUGCCUCUCUAAAGGGCUCAGUGUUCAGUCCCUUAGAUGAAGUAUGAGGGCGUGUGCCUGGGCAUGCUGAGGCCAGGAAAGACCUGCCUGCCUUGUAGCAUCAGAGAGACUGGGAAAGCCUGCUCAACUCAUUACUACCCUGGGCACAAUAAACGUGCUGUGUGUCCCAGCCCGCUUAACUGCUCCUUGGAGAUUCCCUUCCUGGCUGUAUCCCUCCCUCCCCAACCCAUACACAGUCCUCUCAAACCCAACAUGUAGAGGAGAGGUUGGCUGUGGUGCAGCUAAGAGAGGAUGGAGAACCAUGCACCUGACUGCCACAUGUGGAGAUGAUCUUGUAUAAACCUUGGCCUUCAUUGGGCCCGGGUGUUUUGUCGGAAUGGACUUAGGUAUUUACAACACUUAUUCUAUGUAGCAACCACCUCACGGCCAGCAACCUCUCCCACGCCUCAGUGUGUUUGCCAGCAGAAGGAACGUUUAACCAGUGGCCAGAGUGGUUUUCCAUCUACCACUGUUUGCUCUCUGUGUAUGCCCAGUUUCCUGACUGAUAAGGCUAUGUGAUAUCUGUGUGUGAGUGACUCACUGUCCCCUCUCCCUCCCUCCUCUCCACCCCCCAGCAGCAGGACGGCAGCAUGCCCUUCUCUAGCGGGCAGGACAGCUUCUCCAGGUUCACCAUGGACAUGGUGCGCCAGUACAUGAAGGAGGAGGAGGUGCGCGCCCACCACCAGAGCUCCCUGCUGCGCCUGCGACAGAAGGCCCUUAAGGAGAAGACCAAGGCCGAGCUCGCCUGGCUGGAGCACCAGAAAAGGCACUGGUUACUUAUAUUAGGAUCCAUGUUGGCCAAAUUAAUAUUGUCUCAUUCCCCGCUAAAUUCAAUGUUUUCUUUUCUGUCAUGUCCUCCAAUGAUUAAUGUACAGUAACCACGAGAGAAAUUCCACAGAACGCAUUGAUCAAAACUAGUCUCCAUUUGGCACUUCUGUCCUCAUUUUGCAUUCAUGAUCUCAUUCUUUCUCCUUUCUGACCACAUAGGCGCCUCAGAGACAAGGGUGAAGAUGACAAGAUGCCGCCCAUCAGAAAGAAGCAAAGAGGCCUACUGAUGAAACUUCAACAGGAACAGGUAACUAACUCGUAACUAACUUACUAAGGGCUUGAUUCAUUCUGUAACGCCCAAGUUCAGUACUAUGUGGUGUGAUUGACAUUUAAAGGCAAUUUCUCCUCAUUCGCGGAGACUGCAAUCACUUUGUCGGCUCAAUCGGAAAUUACCUUUUCAAUUUCAAGCGCACUAUAGCCCUGAACUUUGGCGAUACGGAUUGAAUCAAGCCCUAAAUCUCUGCCCAUCUCACCUGCUCCCAUUACUGCCCAUCUGUAAUGCUGAGUGACCAUGACCCUUGACCCUGUGUAUGUGGUGUCCAGGGGGAGAUCAAGCGUCUGCAGGAGGCCAACAGGGCAGCCAGGAAGGAGAGGCAGCUGCUGCUCAAACAGCAGGAGGAGAUAGAGAGGAUGAGACACGCCACCCUCAAGCUGAAGGAGCGCCUCAAGUGUGCCGGCACCAGUAACACCCCACCAGUCAGUACUACCACCACCUUUCAUCUUAUUCCUAUCUGGAACACAUACACGUCUUAUUUAUGGAGAUACUGAGCUGAACUUCAGAAAGAGAUGCUUUGUGUUAUUCAUAUGUCUAAAACAAUACUACAUGGUUUCAUAAAGAGUUGAAAUGAUCCAUCUGUGUCCUACAGGAGACUCCAGUGUCAGAGCCCAUAGAUGCGGCAGCUUCCCCCAGUGCUGCGAUGACAGACGGGGACGUGCGCAGUGCCUCUCCACUCUCAGUGGCUGGCAGUGAGACCAGCAGCAUCAUGCAGAAGCUCAAGAAGAUGCGUUCUCACAUGGAGGAGAAGUAAUUUGCUCUUCUAUUAACUACAAUGUCCACAUUUCUAUUGACAACUAAAAUGUCUAAUUGACAGUGUUUACCGUGGAAGUCUUCAUGGGCUCUUUUUUCAACUUGUGGCUUUUUAAACAGCUGAAAUACCAUAUCUUUGAUAACCAUAUCUUUAUGGGUGUGAUUGUUGUUUUACACUGACAAUCAAACAAAACUAUAAUCCUGUUCUCACAUUGGGCAUGUCAAUCAUUCAAGCUGUUUGCUUAUUAUUAUUCACAAGGUAUUAGCUAGCCGCCUCAGAGCUUCUGUUAGUGAAAAUAAUUUGCUCCAAGUCACUGUUGCCUUGUGAAAGUGGGGGAAUGGCUUGACUAGACACAAUGGUCCUUCUACUGCAGUGUGGAUAUGAAUAUCAGCAUGCUCCAUGUCCUCUCUAUAGAUAGAAUGCAUUCUUUCUAACCCCUGUACUAAUCAUUGGAAUAUUAACAAUAUGAACCAGAGCAGAUAUGUUCUGGUAUGUUAACAAUGUGGUUAUGUGACUCUGGGGCUCACAUGAUGGUUAUACAACCAGACCUGCACACUGACUGAGCUCAUUUCUGUACUUGAACAUUCUGCACUACAGGUCCUAACAAACAUUCAGUUGUUGUGGCGUUUUAGGAUUUGUAACUUCCUUUCAAGAACAACGUCAUCAGUACUAAUUCUAGAGCUAAUGAUUCCUUGAAUUUAUUAAUCUACCAAAUAACAUAAACUGAAUGUACAUUAUAUCAAGGCUAAAGGUGUAAGGUCACUGUCAAUUUGAGCCUGGACUUUAUUUUCUAUAGGGAACUAACAAGGUGCUUGUAGCCAAGCCUCUGUCUGCUCGCUAGCAUUGGUCUUCUAACAAUCUGCCCUUUCAUUAUGUGAACAGCCUCUCUUUUAAUCAUGCCCUAGUAUUAUUAUUGUUGUGGUGUUGAUGAUCAUAGUGAAGGUUCUUGUGUGCUUUUAGCCAGGGUUUUAUUCUAAUGAAGUCCAAAUCAGGUUUUAGUCACCAGUAGUUAAAAACAUUAACAAAAUUAUCACCCACCACUUUUGCAACUUUUUGCAAAAAUAAUCUAAUCUCCCCAAAUUCCUCCAUCCAGUGUAUUUAAUUAAGAAGCAGCAUUAUGUCCAGUGGGGUGCAAAAUGAGACAAAGGCCUCUCUCUUAACCCCUAAGGAUGAUCAUUUAUCAGUCACGCCUAGCUCCCGUCUCUGGCAUCGCCACCGUUGCACACAUUCACACAUGGCUACACAUUACUAGACACCAGCGAUUCAUUGUAGUCCGGCUUCAAAGAUAAAUACGCACUACAUCCGGCCAUUCUCCUGGCCCACGUCUGAUGAAAAGGACUGGGUUUUAAUACCCCUUUAAAGCACUGCCAACAAAAACAAAUCCCUGGCGGAGUAACUAACUACAUUAAUUCUCUUAGAAUGGAACAUGAAACAUUCGUUGCAAUAAAACACAUGCUUACUCACUGCUCUCUUCUCUCUCUCCCCCUCUUCCUCUCUGUGGUCGUUUUUCUAUUUCUUCCUGUUCUCUCUCUUUUGCUGUUUUUUCUCAUUUUCCAACUCAUGUUUUGUGUUUAUCUCUGUGUCCCCUUGCUUUGUUUUGUUGUAGACACUGCUCUCCUGUCCACUACUUCUUCUGUCUGUUUACGGCCCACCACUGGGCUUCUCUCAGUCUCUGUUUCCCCAACCUCCAUCCCAAAUUCCAGCUGUUUAUCUACAACCAGUUGGUCAGGUACAGUGCUGCUCUCACCUCUCACUGCUGCCUCCCCUCCCAUGCCCUCUGUCCCAUGGAGCAUGCUUGUGUUCAGCCACCAACACUGGGGGAAGCAUGGGUGGAAUGGUGUGUGUGUAUGUGGGGGGGUAGAAUGGUGUGUGGGUGGAAUGGUGUGUGUGGAGGGAAGGGGGGGGCUGCUAGGGUCUUGCCAUUAUUUAUAUUUGUUUCAGUAAGUGGGGAAUUGAAAGCUUGAAAAACACAAACCAAAGUCACUAGGCAUUGCAUGUAUGAUCACAACCGUAUGCUUGAAGGGGCACAGAAGUUAUGAAAUUCAAAAAGAAGUGAAAAACAAAAGGCAUUUGUCAAUAAUAAUAUGACCUCUUUGACCUGGAAAGGUCAUAUUCAUGUUAAUAUGGUUGGCCUGAUUAAGCGAGACUCUCCCAUUUGAACAGCGAGAGCUCUCUGUAGUGUUGCUUGGAGGCGCUCAUUUAACUCUCAUUCAGAGUGAAUAAACCAUGAUCUGCAUCUGCUAAUAUUCCUCAUAUUCAUGCCACUCACUACUUAGUUGGAGCAAAGUCCAUAAGAUUAAAUGCUGAGAUAUUAGGUUACAACCCAUCUAUGAGAAAGACGUAGUGUCUUUGGGCGUUGCUUUAGCAGUGGUAAAGGGUUUCAUCUGAUUUAAUGAGCCCAGUAAAUCUUCACUGAUUCUCCUGAUUAGGUAACUGUUGCUUGUGAUAGGCUAAUUAAUAUAUAUUGCAAGUGGGCUUAAUUGAAUUGGGAGCACAGUCUAGACCAAAGCCCUACACAGUCUAGACCAAAGCCCUACAGUAUCUUUCCCAACUUCAGUAUGAAAUAAGCUGGUGCAAGAGAGAGUGAGACAAAGCCAGACAACACAUUACUGUCUGGUACUUCUAGUAAUUAUAGUCAAUAUGCAAAAUAGCUGUUAAACUUGCAUUGCAUAACUCACCAGUCCUUUUCAAUGUACAUUAUAAAUCCAAGCAAUGGAGAAAGAAUUUGAAUGUCGUCUUUUCUCUCAGCAGUAUACAUGGAAAAUGCAUCUUGACUCUUGUUGUGUAGAAUUCAUGGGAAAGUUACACCCAUAGAGACAUUUAGGAUAUUCUGGGGUGCAGUUUUUAACUCUGGGUGGUGUUGUGUUGGACAGAGAUGUUUGAGAGGUGUUAAGCCCUGGGGUUAAAUCAGAUGCAUGAUGUUGGCCUGGUGAUCAGGCCGCCACCACACUUUGUUUCUGUUUUUCCCCAUUGUGACCAAAUGCUUGUACUCUGUUGUUUGGGUGACUUGUGCACUAUGGUGUCAAAAUGAAACCAUGUCUAUCGAGGUAAACAUGGUUUGUUGUGUGUGUGAUCCCAUAGGUUUUGAGUUUGCAGUGAAGAUGGGCAGGGGGUGGUUGGGUUGACUGUUUGGACUGCUGGUGGCUCUGCUAGCUUCUGCAAUGUUGCCAUCAUUUCACUGCUCCUCAUGCUGAUUGUGCCCUUUGUGCUUUCUCUCCUCCUCCACCCAUCUCUCCAUUCCUCCUCUCCUCCCCACCACCAGGUUCCUGACCAAGCGGGAGCAGGGUUUGAUGCAGCGGCGGAGGCAUGCGGAGGAGCUGCUGGAGUGGAAGCAGAGGCUGGAUGCUGAGGAGGCGGAGGUGAGGCACAUGGAGAAGCAGGCCCUGGCUGCCUGGGACAGAGACCGUCCUAGAGACCGAGACCAGAGGUCAGAACAGAGAGAAAGCCCCAUCGCCAGCCCCAAUGGCAGCCGCAAUGCCAGCCCCAGCCAGCACAGCCCUGAGGGCAGAACUGACAGAGGUGAGAAAGAGAUUGUGUAUGACAUUAAAUAAAUGGACACCCAGUAGUAUGCAGUCGUUUCUGUUUACUGCCUGUUAUCAGGUAAUGUGUUUGCUUGCCUUAUGUCAUAUACUUUAUGAAUGAGAGAACGCCAUACAGUCCAUCUAGCUAGCUGCGUCUCAAUGUUUGAGGCUGCAGGUCUAUUUAUCUGCUCUUGACCUUUGUGUAUCUCCUCAGACUCUGUGAGUGAGGGUGACUACUCCCCAGUGGUGACUGGCUCCAGUGUACACACAGAGCUGUCUGGGUCACAGCAGCCAGACAUCCCCUCCACUGAUCAGCCUGGCUCUGUCUCUGAGCUGCCCUCUGCCCAGCACAGCCCCUCCAUCUACACCCAGGACUUUGACUCCCCCUCUGCGAGCAAGAGGGUAAGGCCCUGUGCAUGUUGUGAUUUCAUGUUUUGCAGUAAUGUAUUAAUACAGUAGAAAGGCAUUGAUUACAUUUGUUUAUUAACCUUUCCAUAAGGUUAGGAAAUCAUUUUAAAUGUACAAAGAAAAAUCAAACGCACCAUGUGAAAGGAAUGCAGGGAAUUGUAUAGUGAGUUAACAGAAUCUGUUUCCCUCCUGAGCGCAAACUGAGACUUUGUUAGCUCUGUAUUCCCAUCGCUGGGCAGCUCAGUGAAUGCAGGCCUUUGUCCAGGCUCCAGGAUCAGUUGCUGCUUUCAGUGAAUUGUCACUUCUCUUGUGAUCAAUGAAUUUGUGCUACUUUAUUGUUUUGUUACAUGCAGUAUUGUUAAUCAACUGCCUUACUAGGUCAAGAUAAAAAGCACUAUUUUCAGCCAAAUUGUGAAAAUCAUCAUAAUAUGUAGUUAUCUGGAGUUAAAUCGUUUUAGGAAUUUACAUUUUAAAUGUUUUAAAUUGUUUUGUCAUUUAGUGGAUGCUCUUAACAAGAGCGACUUACAGUAGCAAUUAAGGUUAAGUGCCUUGCUCAAGGGCACCGACAGAUUUUUCACCUAGUCGGCUCGGUGAUUCGAACCAGCGACCUAUUGGUUAAUAGCUCAACGCUCUUAACCGCUACCUGCAGCCAUGUGCAAAUGGGCUAUAAGCAAGAAGACUAAAACAAGGCAGAAUAUGGCGUAUUUGAAUGUCAGAGGAAGGAAUCCAUUAGGGACACUGCCUUUUGAGUGUGUUUUGUUUUUGUGUAUGUGUGAGAUGCUUGGCGUGGUUAGUUAGUUGGAACGUGCUGUUGUGGUGAAUUGUCCUGAAUUCCCCUUGGGCCCUAUCCUUUUACUAUGUUGUACAGUCUCCUUCACCAAAAGCCAACCUCGACACUAACACACACCCAGAGGGCAGCAGCAGCAGCAAGAUGCAGCUCCGCUCCUCCUCCAGGACCGCCAGCCACGACCCCAAGGCCACUGACACCCCUUCAGACAUACACACAGGUGAGUUGGCCCCCCUGUCUGGAGCAGUAGGACCUUCAAAACGGGACAUUAUUUUGUAUUUUCUAUUAGAGAUGUUGAAAAGCAGAGUAGAAAGAUGACUUACUGUGCAGGCAUAAUGUGAUGACGUAAGAAAAGGAUUAUGCGCUCAGUUCCCUGACACUCAACCUGCUUAGUUGUGUUAUGGGAGUAUGGAAGCUUCAUUCAUAGUCCUUAAACUGUUGCUGAUUCUGUGUAGCUAUCUUAGUGGGAAUUUCAGUCUUCAGGUUCUACCACUAACCAUAACAUGUACUUGUAAUUUUUGGAGUAUCAUAUGAAUGUUGGUAUUGACAAACACCAAAUAAAUACAGUAUCAACAAAAGUGAGUACACCCCUCACAUUUUUGUAAAUAUUUGAGUAUAUCUUUUCAUGUGACAACACUGAAGAAAUGACACUUUGCUACAAUGUAAAGUAGUGAGUGUACAGCUUGUAUAACAGUGUAAAUUUGCUGUCCCCUAAAAAUAACUCAACACACAGCCAUUAAUGUCUAAACCGCUGGCAACAAAAGUGAGUACACCCCUAAGUGAAAAUGUCCAAAUUGGGCCCAAUUAGCCAUUUUCCCUCCCCGGUGUCAUGUGAGUCGUUAGUGUUACAAGGUCUCAGGUGUGAAUGGGGAGCAGGUGUGUUAAAUUUGAUGUCAUCGCUCUCACACUCCCUCAUACUGGUCACUGGAAGUUCAACAUGGCACCUCAUGGCAAAGAACUCUCUGAGGAUCUGAAAAAAAAGAAUUGCUGCUCUACAUAAAGAUGGCCUGGGCUAUAAGAAGAUUGCCAAGACCCUGAAACUGAGCUGCAGCACGGUGGCCAAGACCAUACAGCGGUUUAACCGGACAGGUUCCACUCAGAACAGGCCUCGCCAUGGUCGACCAAAGAAGUUGAGUGCACGUGCUCAGCAUCAUAUCCAGAGGUUGUCUUUGGGAAAUAGACGUAUGAGUGCUGCCAGCAUUGCUGCAGAGGUUGAAGGGGUGGGGGGUCAGCCUGUCAGUGCUCAGACCAUUUGCCGCACACUGCAUCAAAUUGGUCUGCAUGGCUGUCGUCCCAGAAGGAAGCCUCUUCUAAAGAUAAUGCACAAGAAAGCCCGCAAACAGAUGGCUGAAGACAAGCAGACUAAGGACAUGGAUUACUGGGACCAUGUCCUGUGGUCUAAUGAGACCAAAGAUAAACGUAUUUGGUUCAGAUGGUGUCAAGCGUGUGUGGCGGCAACCAGGUGAGGAGUACAGUCAAGCAUGGUGGUGGGAGUGUCAUGGUCUGGGGCUGCAUGAGUGCUGCCAGCACUGGGGAGCUACAGUUCAUUGAGGGAACCAUGAAUGCCAACAUGUACUGUGACAUACUGAAGCAGAGCAUGAUCCCCUCCCUUCGGAGACUGGGCCGCAGGGCAGUAUUCCAACAUGAUAAUGACCCCAAACACAUCUCCAAGACGACCACUGCCUUGCUAAAGAAGCUGAGGGUAAAGGUGAUGGACUGGCCAAGCAUGUCUCCAGACCUAAACCCUAUUGAGCAUCUGUGGCAUCCUCAAAUGGAAGGUGGAGGAAUGCAAGGUCUCUAACAUCCACCAGCUCCGUGAUGUCGUCGUGGAAGAGGUCUCCAGUGGCAACCUGUGAAGCUCUGGUGAACUCCAUGCCCAAGAGGGUUAAGGCAGUGCUGGAAAAUGAUGGUGGCCACACAAAAUAUUGACACUUUGGGCCCAAUUUGGACAUUUUCACUUAGGAGUGUACUCACUUUUGUUGCCAGAGGUUUAGACAUUAAUGGCUGUGUGUUGUGUUAUUUUGAGGGGACAGCACAUUUACACUGUUAUACAAGCUGUACACUCACUACUUUACAUUGUAGCAAAGUGUCAUUUCUUCAGUGUUGUCACAUGAAAAGAUAUACUCAAAUAUUUACAAAAAUGUGAGGGGUGUACUCACUUUUGUGAGAUACUGUACAUAUUUACCUCCCCUCCCCCUCUGAGAAUUUGAGUUCAGUAGCUCUAAUUUGGAUUACUUUAUACUAAUCAGUCUGGCAUGGAUUUAGCAUUCUAACAGUACUUAUUGUGCCACGCAGAGCCCAUGUCGGAUCAGAGCGACAUCGAGAGCCGUAUCCGUGCCCUAAAAGAGGAGCUGCGCAAACGCAAGUCUGUGGUGUACCAGCUGAAGAAGGAGCAGAAGAAGAGGCACAAAGAGCGUCUGAAAGCCCAGGAGGCCAGCCUACUGAAGCAGCUAGAGGUCAGUGUGUCCGUCAGAGAAUCCUAGCCUGCCCUGCUCCAUUCAAUGAGAAAUAACAAAAAGAGUGACUUUUGUUUUCUAAUGUCUAGUCCUACAAUUACUUCAUUGAGAAGACCAAGACUGAGUUGAAUAAGGAACCAGACUCGACACCCUCUGCCAAGCCUCAGAUCAAGGCCCCCAUCUCAGCCACAGAGAAGCCCAAGAUUAAACCACCACCUCCUUACAGGUACACCAUCGCACUUCACUAUAUGUAUGAUUCACAAACUGAUCAAUUGGUCCAUUUUCAUGGGAUGUUAAUCAGGAAAAAAAUAAUUAUCCCCAGGCCUGAAACCAGCAAAAACUGGAAGGUUCUCUCUGACUCUGAAAAAGCUGAGAAGACCCUUCCACAUUCUCCAGUUGAACAAGGUAGGUUGUGGAUGUGCACUGUCAACAAGUGUAUUUUUCUCCUCAAAAUACUUUCUAAGACCUUGACAUUUGUGCCCAUACUGUGAUAACACACGUUGUUUAAUGCGUUGUUGAUUUGUUUUCAGAUGACCUCACACCAUCUGGGCUCAGUAAAUAUACCUCAGGGCAUGAGGAGUCCUCAGACGAGGACCCCCCUACAGUCACCCCAACUCCAGUGUAUGGGAGUCCAGAGCACACCAACGGUCUAACGGGCAUGCUGUCCCCCGAGCAUCUCCCCAGGCAGCCUUCUGAGGGGGCACUCCCUCUGAGGGAGCCAGCCAGGCCACAGGCCACCGACUCUGGGGAUGAGAGCGUUGUCUCCAGCCUCCGGUCAGAGGUCAUGGAGGAGCUGGACUCUGUGAAGUCUGAAGGCUCUGAGCAUUCUCAGUCCCGCUCUGAAGACCGCCACUUUGACCAUCUACUCAAACUUGACCUAGAGCAGAGGCCAGCUUCCCAGCAGCACCAGUCUCUGUCGGAACAUGAUUCCAUAAAGAAAGGAGAACAAGGGCUUUCCCCGAUAAGCAGUCUUGAUGUUGAUGAGAAAUCACCAUCCCCCAUCAAAGAGCGAUCAUACACCCCUGAGUCUGAUGCCUUUUCAUCAAAGAGGGACUUUUCAGCCAAGGGUAAGGAGGCCUCUCCUCCUUCAGCUGAUGGUUAUCAUGAAGACUUUGAAUCCUCAGUAGAGUCGUCACUCAGGGAGGACAACCAAGGCUCCAAACCUACCUCACCGUCCCGCCAAGAGACCAGGGAGGGUUCCCACAGCAGGUCACCCUUCUACAGUAGUGAGGACGAGAUCGGUGAGGAUCUGAGUGAAAGAUCUGGAGCUAGUAGUGGCAGUCCUCGCUCUGAAAGACUUCUGGACCUGAAUAGCCAGACCAAGGAUUCCCAGGAGAAGGUCAUUAGUUCAAACCGCUCCCCAACUAUCUCCCCUUCCCAGACACCACCUUCACCAUCAGUGGAUGAAAUGCCUAACUUCACCAUUGGGGACAGGGUUUUAGUGAGCAACGUCCAGCCUGGUACGCUUAGAUUCAAGGGCCACACCAGCUUUGCCAACGGCUUCUGGGCUGGAGUGGAGCUGGACAAGUCUGAGGGAAGCAACAAUGGCACCUACGAUGGGGUGGUUUACUUUGAGUGUGAGGAGGGCCAUGGCAUCUUUGCUCCUCCGGACAAGAUCUCCCGUCUGCCAGAGAAGUUUGACAUCUAUGUGGAAACCACAGAGGAUGAGGACUCUUUCCUUGACGACCAGUCUGAAAACGAGCCAAAGAAACGGCACAUUGAGAAGACACACGGGGGACAUCUGAGAAAUAAAAAAGAGGGAACAUCUCAGACGAGUUAUCAUUCUGAAGACAAAGGACCUACUGAUGUGAAUGAUGGUCCAGCUGAACACCAGAAAAACCUGACCAACUCGCAUGAGUUCAAAGAGGGUGAGUAUCCAAUGUCCAAUGGAAGAACCAAGACAAUCAUCCUGGACCUUGAAGAUGUACCUACCAGUCUCUUCAGCAUUGACAUAGACCGUAAGAUAGCCUUGGGGAAGAAAACUCUUGAUGAGACCACUACCCUCAUUGAGAGGAAAGGCGUAGAUGCCCAUCAGAAGUCUACUCCAGAGCAAACAGUGGAGAAAGACACCCUCAGUGCUUUUACAGAUAAGAUCCUCAACAACUUCAUGAAAGACGCUGUGAAGCAAUUCGCACAAAUUAGAAAGGCCAAAGAAGAGAAGAUAUCAGCUGCUAAUCAAAUGCAAGAUGACAUUUUUAGUGAAGAGGAUGGUGGGGAGACUGUCUCCCAACCACAGUCUGUAGCACAAAGAGAUGGUCUGCCCUUCUUCCUAGAUGCAGAGCAAGAAGAGCAAGUCUCCUCUCCAGAACUCUGUAACCGGCCUGUGAGUUCAUCUGACCCUUUCUAAAGACAUUUAGAGAGUAAAUGUUCUAAGUGUUAAAACAAAUCAUUUACUCCUCCAAUAAUGUGAUAACCUGCAAUCACAUAAUGUGUAACAUAGUGAAUUUCAAAUGUAUAAAUUCCUAGUUUUUCAGCUAAAAUACUUAAAAGAGACUUGAUCUAGUAAAUGAUUAAACAGAACUUAUAAGAUAACUGAGGAUGAAUGUAGCAAUAAUUGCAUUUAGCAGCACUGUUGAAAACCAUCCAGUCUUGAUUUGACCUCAAAAGGCCUCAAUGGGAUUUGUUUGAGUCCGAAGGUCAAACGACAACUGGGUCCAAGAGGCUUAUGUUGACAGAUAUCCAAUUGAAUUUGGUGCUCUAUUUUCUUCCCUUUUGUAGAUUUUCAUCACAGUCUAACAUAAACUUUCUUAGGUUUUUAUAGGUUUUUCACUGUGAGUGACUUGUCUUUCCUCCCUCCCUGUUUCUGCAGGAGAGUCCAGUGUUGGGGGCCAGUGGUCAGGAGGAGUUGGCCAAACGUCUGGCUGAGCUGGAGCUGAGCCGCGAACUACUGGAUGAACUGGGAGACGAGCAGGACUGGUUCGAUGAGGACUAUGGCCUCAGCUCUCAUAGAGAGCAGCAGAGACAGAAACAGAGGCAACAGCAGGAAAAAGAGGGGCUGUCUGCUUGCUCUGGAGGCCUUGGUGACCAGGUGAAGACCCCACCCAGACCAGAGCUGCCCCUGCAGCCCAAGCUCCCUGAGCAGCCUGCUAUGGUGGUUCCCCACUCCGCCCCUGAAGUGGAGAAGCUGGUCCACGCUGCCACCCAGGAGAUCUGGGACAGAUUUAAACUGGGCCAGGGCACACAGACCCUCGCUGGUCUCCCCAUCCUCAAGCCUUCAGAGGAGUUCCUGGGCUGUGAUGCCAUAGGCCAGGAUCAAGAAGGUCAAUGUGUUCGCAGCUACAGACAGGUAAGGCCACGUGGAAAAGGAUUGCCACAAAUAUUGAUACUAUACGAAAUCCUCAAGACCCAUGUCAUUUAUUGAAAUGUAUCAACUGACAUUACCUUUGUUUAUCUGCAGGCUGUAUAUGACUUAACAUGGGAGAUCAUCCAGGAGAUCUUUGCAGAGGAUCCUAACGCCCAUCAGCCUCAGUGGGUGAAGCCUCGACGCAUGAACUCCUCCUACUUCCAUAGAGUAAAGAGCCCUGGCGACAUCACCAGAGUUCAGGUGUGUAUGGCAUCCAAUGUUAGUGACACUUCAGUGUUGGUGGUUUGAUUUGCUAAGAUCACAAUGUAAUAUUUAACCUUGUCUUCUAAGGUGUUCAUCACCACCGAGGUGUUGAUGCUGUAUGGCCUGAAGAAAGACCACAACCAGAAAACAGAUUGGCAGAAGAUGCUGAAAUUCGGGAGGAAAAAACGGGAUCGAGUAGAUCAUAUUCUGGUAAGGGCAUUGAACAGUAAAACUUCAGGAGUGAUUCAUUGUGAAUUUUCCAAUUUCAAGAAGUCCUAUAUUUUCUGGUAGUAAGUAUUGUGUGUUUUUAGGUCCAGGAGCUUCACGAGGAAGAGUCUCAGUGGGUGAACUAUGAUGAAGAUGAGCUCUACGUCAAGAUGCAGUUGGCUGAAGGGAUCUUUGAUGCAUUAAUAAAGGACACAGCAGAAGUUCUCUCUCAAAUUCAGGAGAAGAGAUCAAAAAGAGCCCUUUCCUGA